AUGGACCGCCGCCUCGUCCUCUGCGCCCUCUUCCUCCUGGGGGCCGCCGCCAGCACCGCCCGGGCCUCCGACGUCCUGGAGCUCACCGACGAUAACUUCGAAAAGGUGGCCCCGCAGCACAGCAUCCUGCUCGUGGAGUUCUUCGCCCCCUGGUGAGUGCGGCCCGGAGCAACCAUUGGGCCCCUGAGCUGCCACAUAUAUAGAGCUAUAAUAAGGGGCUCCUGAGCUGCCAUAUAUAUAUAGCUAUAAUAAGGGGCCCCUGAGCUGCCAUAUAUAUAGAGCUAUAAUAAGGGGCUCCUGAGCUGCCAUAUAUAUAGAGCUAUAAUAAGGGGCUCCUGAGCUGCCAUAUAUAUAGCUAUAAUAAGGGGCUCCUGAGCUGCCAUAUAUAUAGAGCUAUAAUAAGGGGCUCCUGAGCUGCCAUAUAUAGAGCUAUAAUAAGGGGCUCCUGAGCUGCCAUAUAUAUAGAGCUAUAAUAAGGGGCCCCUGAGCUGCCAUAUAUAUAGAGCUAUAAUAAGGGGCCCCUGAGCUGCCAUAUAUAUAGCUAUAAUAAGGGGCCCCUGAGCUGCCAUAUAUAUAGCUAUAAUAAGGGGCUCCUGAGCUGCCAUAUAUAUAGAGCUAUAAUAAGGGGCUCCUGAGCUGCCAUAUAUAGAGCUAUAAUAAGGGGCUCCUGAGCUGCCAUAUAUAUAGAGCUAUAAUAAGGGGCCCCUGAGCUGCCAUAUAUAUAGAGCUAUAAUAAGGGGCCCCUGAGCUGCCAUAUAUGAUAUAUGGCUGUAUUGAGGGGGCCCCUGUGCAGCCUGAUAUAUGGCUGUAUUGAGGGGGCCCCUGUGCAGCCUGAUAUAUGGCUGUAUUGAGGGGGCCCCUGUGCAGCCUGAUAUAUGGCUGUAUUGAGGGGGCCCCUGUGCAGCCUGAUAUAUGGCUGUAUUGAGGGGGCCCCUGUGCAGCCUGAUAUAUGGCUGUAUUGAGGGGGCCCCUGUGCAGCCUGAUAUAUGGCUGUAUUGGGUGGGGGGGGGUUCUGAGAGAGGGCUGUCUGUCACAUGUUAUCUCAAACUAGAGUAAAGCCUCUAAUUCUUAGUGUCUUGUAUAAAUGAUGCUCUGUUUGCUUUUCUCUCUCCGUAUAAGGAUUUCUAGAGUAUAUAAUGAUCUGUCAGUGCUGAUAGCAUGUGACAGUGCUUUUUAAUGACAAACUAAUUUAGUUAUAGAGCGAAAUAACCAGUAAUUAAUAUUAUCAUGUUCUGUUACACAGUUUCCUGCUGAUAACACAGAUCUAUUCUCUUACAGUUUUUUAAGAGAAUAUUUCCACAUUCCGGAAACGUAUUCAGCAGUUUUAAAGAAAUGUGAAUUGAAAAACUAUUUGCAAGAUUUGGGCAAAACAAUGCUUAUUUAGGGGAGAAACAAAUCCUCUAAUUCCGCUAUUAUUACUAGCAUUUGCUGUAGCCAAUCUUUGGCUAUUUUAGCCAAAGUGAUGUCCAGUUCUCUUUUGUAAUAAAUCCACAAUUACUGCAUUGUGCAUCUUUUUAGUAAACUGUGGGUGUUGACAGUGACUGAUCUUAACUCCGUGAUUUUGUAUAGACUACCUUUCUAUGUAGUCAAUAUUAAGUCUUUCUUUUUUUUUUUUGUAUGUGCGUGUGUGGAACAUGCACUGCUAAUGUUUUUAAUGUAUUAGUCAGUUGGGGGAUCAUAUUUAUAGUGCCAAACUUAUCUUUUUCACAUCCUCUGUAAGUGAAAGUGGAACUAAUAGUGUCAAGAAUUUCCCCAUAGAAUAAGAACCCUGUUGUUGUUUUCAUAUAAAUGUGAUCAGGACACUAUGGGUAAUGUUAGAGAAUUUGUAGCAGCCCCAUAGAAGCCAUUGUAAAGUUUCUGCAGUUAGCUUUGUUUGAAAACUAGUUCAAGUUCAUCUGGCCCUGUGAGGGCCAGAUGAACAAACUUUUUUUUAUAGGUGAUGAGGGACAUGCCCUUUUGCUAUUGAAAACAAAUUGGCCUUUAGUGACUUGCAAUUCUCAAUCAUUAGCAUAAUUGUUUAUUUGAUUGCCAUAAUUUUUGAUUUGGCUUUAUCAAUACAUUGUUAGUUUAUUCUAAUUGUCAUCUGCCUCACACUGGAAUUUUGGAUGGUUGAAUAGAUGUUCCCAGAUGAGUUUGUAACCAGUUGUUUUCUCUUAUUCUAUAAAUACAGUAUUUGGAAUGCUGAAAAUGUUUUGUCUUGCUGUUGCUGUAAUUAAAAUGCAUACACUUGCGUCUUAUAUUUGUAUUCAAAAUGUAUUUGCCUUGUUUCACUUUUACCUGAAUUUGCUUUGUCAGUUUAUAUACACCCUGUUCAGCAGGGACUUGUAGUUCUGAUUCAUCAUGUUAACACUACUUCCUAAUCUCUAAGAAUCCAACAUUAAACUACUUCUCCCAGCAUGCCCAGUUUUAUCAUGCUCUGUUAGAAAUAUAUGGGAGGGUCCUUGUUGUGGUGUCUGCUUCUCAUUUGCUGCUGUGGGUUUGGUGGCCUCUUGCUAUUGGUGAAAGAGUACUCAACCCAUUUUUCUCUUGCACGAUGCUACUAAUGAAAGAUUUCCUCCUCCUAUGUGGCUAGUUGUAGAUUUGCUAAGAAGUGAAUGUUAAGUGAAAACUGUUCAUCUGAUCAUCUUUAAAAAAAAAAAAAAAAAAAAGAGAUGUGCAAGUGGAUAUGCUUUCUUGUGAUACCAAUCUGAAACCAGUGGAAUGGUUGUGAAAGCUGUGGGGUUAAAAACGGCUCUUAUCUUAUUCUUGUAUAGGUUCUUGCCCUGUAAAUAUGCUUCAUUAAAAUUGUGUGGUUUUUAUUUAUAUAUAAUUACUAUUAUACUAUUAAAUUUUAAAAAAAAUUAAAAAUAAAGAGAAAUUCUAGUUGAAAAAUGAACACUGACUAGGUAUAGAUUUCUUUUUUUUAUAAACUUUCAUUGAUUGAGCCGGUAUUUGGCAUAUUUUUGAUAGUCUGUAACAGUCUUAUAAUUUACAGAUUACUUGCAUCUCCUAGUCACUGCAAUGCCAUGUUUUGCGUUAAACUCCGGUUGCCAGCUAAUGAGGCGCCACGUUGCAACUUCACAUCACACCUGCCCGUGAGUCUCUGCUUGCGGAACUCGGCAGAAAACAGGGAGGUGAGAUCGUGAAUAACCUGCUGUAAUGUACUGGGCUGGCUGAGAGUGAUAGGAGUGUGAUUGAUGACAGCUAUCACACUCCUAUCAGGAACAGCACUGUAGCUGAUCCCAGCAUGAAGUGGUAGUCUGGAAGUGAUUUGUGUGAUUGCUGUCAGUAUGCAUGAUUGGUGUAGAUUAGAAAUAGUGUUGCUUUUUUUUUAAAAACGUGAAAUGUACAGAAUAUUGGCACUGGUUAUCAGCAAUCUGUCUGAAAGGCGACAGUUUAAUCUGCUUUGGCUCUGGGAAAAUAUCGGUCUAUCCCUAACAUUGACUGCAUUCAAUGUGUUUAACUAUCAUACAGCUAUGCUGUAAUCGGGAAAAAUUUGGGGGAAUACUACUCAAUGGCUUAGUAUUAUCUAUUUACACUUAAAUACACCUCGUGCUUAUAGACCCAUUCGCUGCUGGUGAUAAAGAAUGAAAUGCCAACUGCACAUUUUAGUUGUAUGUGGUUUUUAUUUAACACAGUAAUAGUUCUUGCAUCCUAGCGCACUUAAUACCUCGUUUGUCAUCUUUACUUAUUGUCCCUUUUUGAGCACUGCAUAUUCAGGGUGGUAUAGUUGUUUUUUGUUUUUAAUUUUUUUACAUACAGAUGAAGUUUCUAUUCUUCCAGAUUUAAACCUAUACAUAUCUGUCUUUAAAGUAUUUUGUUAUUUAUGCCAUUUCUAGGUUUGUUCUUAACCCCUUAAGGACUGGACUGUUUUUGCGAUGUUGUACAUUUGCGACCAGGAAUAUUUUUACACUUUUGUGGUGUUUGUGUUUGGCUGUAAUUUUCCGCUUUCUCAUUUACUGUUCCCAUACAAAUUAUAUAUUGUUUUUUUCAGGACAAAAUGGGCUUUCUUUACAUACCAUUAUUUAUAUAAUCUCAUGUAUUUUAAUUUUAAAAAAAUAUAAAAAUCUGAUGAAAAAUUGAAAAAAAUACAUGUUUUUUGACUUUUACUUGAAAAAUCUUUUACUCAUCUACAAAAGCGAAUGAAAAGAACUGCUAAAUAGAUUCAAAAUUUUGUCCUGAGUUUAAAAAUACCUAGUGUUUACGUGCUUUUUUGCUUUUUUUUGCAUGUUAUAGGGCUAUAGGUACAAGUAGGAUAUUGCGGUUUCAAAACAUACAUUUUUAAAAUUUAUCAAUAGUGACAUUGUAACACUAUUAUCUGUCAUAAAUCUCUGAAUAACACCCCACAUGUACAUAUUUUUUUUAAAGUAGACAACCCAGGGUAUUCAAUAUGGGGUAUGUCCAGUCUUUUUUAGUAGCCACUUAGUCGAAAACACUGGCCAAAGUAAGCAUUCAUAUUUGUUUGUGUGUGAAAAAAGUAAAAAAACUAAAUUGAACGCUAAUUUUGGCCAGUGUUUGUGACCAAGCGUUACUAAAAAAGACUGGACAUACCCCAUUUGCAAUACCUUGGGUUGUCUUCUUUUGCAAAUGGUAUGCCAUCAUGGGGGUAAUUCUCAUUCCUGGGCUACCAUACGCUCUCAAAGGCAACGUAACCAACCUGGCCAUUUUCAAUGUAAAAAUAUUUGACCCAUAUAUUUGACCUUGUAACUUUCAAAAAUGCUAUAAAACCUGUACAUGGGGGGUACUGUUUUACUCGGAGACAUCGCUGAACACAAAUAUUAGUGUUUAAAAACUGGAAAACGUAUCACAACAAUUAUAUCAUCAGUAAAAGUGCUGUUUGUGUGUGAAAAAUGCAAAAAAGUAACUUUCACUGACAAUAUCAUCGCUGUGAUAUGUUUUACUGUUGUGAAUCACUAAUAUUUGUGUUCAGCGAAGUCUCCCGAGUAAAACAGUACCCCCCAUGUACAGGUUUUAGGGUGUCGUAGAACGUUACAGGGUAAAAUACAGUGCUAGCAAAUUAAAUUCUCUGGAAUUUCGGCCUGGGUUGGCAGGCAGGUCCCUCAAAUUGCAAUCAAUAAAAUUACUGAAUUAUGUAAAAAUAUUACAUAAAUACGCACGUAGAAUUUAAAUAUAUAUGCAUAUUUAUAUAUUUGAAGUCUACGUGUAUAUUUAUAUAAUUAUUUAUGUAAUUUUGUAUAUGACGUAUGUAUAUUUCUUAUUAUUUUUAUUUAUUUUUAUAUACAUAGAUAUAUAUACAAAUUCAUUCUAAGUGUAUUUUGAUAUAAAUAUAUAUAUAUUAAUUUUAAAAUACAGUUAGAAUAAAAUUUCAUAUAGCUAUAUAAUUUUUUUAAAUUUUUUUAUUAUUAUUUUAAAAAUUUUUUAUUUAAUUUAAAUUACUUAUUAUUUAUAUUUUAUAAUAAUAUAUAUAUACAAUAUAUAUAGUUAUUAUAUAUAUUAUAUAUAUACGUGUGUAAUUUAAUUAUAAGUGUAUUUUUAUAUUAAUAUAAGUACAUAUUAAUAUAAAAAUACACUUAGUAUGACAUUAUAUAUAUAUGAUAUAUAGACAUAUAUUAUAUAGAUAUAAUAUAUGUCUAUAUAUCAUAUUUAUACAUAUAUAAUUAUUAUUAUUUUUUUAUUACCAUUAACUUUAAUUUUUUUUCUGAUUUUACACUAGCAGGGAGACUGCCUGUCAGUACAGGCAGUCCCCCUGCAGGCAGACACAUGGACACCUAUUGUGACCAUGUGAUCGCUGUGUUAAGCGAUCACAUGGCCACAGGGGUCCUAAUCUGCCGUGGGGAGACUGUCUGGGCUGCAGGCAGUCUCCCCACAACCGGAGGAACACUGAUCGCCGCCGGGGGAACGACGGCGAUCAGGUAAGUAGCCCCAGACCGUUUGGACGGUUCAGGACCGUCAUCGGUCCUCAAGGCAAAAAUGCCGAUGACGGUCCUGAACCGUCCUCGGUCCUUAAGGGGUUAAAACUCAGAAUGGUAAUGAAAUCCAAAUAGCUGACUCUUGAAUAUACUUGAGCUAGAGAAUUUUCGAGAUUCACUAUUUAGUAUGAAUUUAGAAAUUUGUAUUUUUGCUGCUGUGUUUAGUCUAAUGAUUAACCCUCGUGAAUUCCAAAGUGCUUAUGUAAAAAAACCUAGCUUUUAUAUGUGUAGGGUUUGUAAACCUCAAAUUGUGUUAUGUAAUUUUUAUUUUUAUUUUUUUUAUCACUCAAAACUCAUUCUAGCAAACUAUAUAUUUUAAUUGAGUAAUUUUUCAAUUUUUUACAAGUAUUGUUUGAUUCUAAAUCUUAUUUAAUUCCCCCCUCCAGGUGUGGACACUGCAAAAAACUUGCUCCUGAGUAUGAGAGUGCUGCAACCAGACUGAAAGGAACACUGUCACUGGCUAAGGUAGGUCUUCAUCCAUAUAGUGUACUUUUUUACUUAUUUUUUUUAAUUUAUUUUAUUUCUUGCUCUUACCGGGCCUUCGCUGCCUGCUAAGGGAUCAUUCAAUUCCAAUAGAGAAGCAUUUUAUUGGGACAUUCUAUUGACUCAGUGCGCAUGCAUGAGCUCUGAGCUAGGGAGGGAGGUUUUUUUUGUUUUGUUUUUUUUUCUUAGUUUAAAAAUAAAAAUAAAAUACAAAAUUGCUAUCAACACAGAGAGGGAGGGGAGCUCAUUGCGCUUUUUGCCAGUGUGCUGUAAGCACUGGCAACAGGCAUUUUUACAGAAUUAACAUUAGGCAGCUAGAACAGAGUACUUGCAUGUAUAAGUCAUGUGUGCUGGGGUUGCAAAUAGUCCCCAGCACGAAAAUAUAGAUUACUUUGCAUGUACAGCGUUUCAAAUGGAAAUGCUACACAGGCUUCUAUCAACAUGACCACGUCUAAAAGCAGAAGUGGUUGGGCUAGCUCUUUAUCUGCAUAUAUCUAGUGUUCUCUACUCCAAAUUUUUGUAUGUACGGAGCUGUACCAACAGCAAAGGCACAGACCUUUUGCAAUCAUACAUAUUUUUCAAUUGCUCUUAUCCACCCAAAGCUGUUGGAUAAUGUGACUUUGAAACCUCUGCAUUAUUGGUACGGCAGGUGUUGAGCUGGGCUUUGUAUAGUACAUCACUUGCGUUCAUUCUAAAGAGCAUACAGAUUAAUUUAUGAACAGUGUUGGCAUCAUUACUAGGGGUAGUAUAGACUUGGAGAAAAAUAUUUUUUUCAUUGAUAUCUUUAACAGAAACACCCACCCCCUUAGCCAAUCAUAAAGUGGACCUAUCACAAAGAGUUUACUUUUGGCACAGUGAAAUGCGUUUGUGUGUGUGUUUGUGUGUGUGUGUGUGUGUGUUUUUUUUUUUGUUUUUUUUUUUUUCCUUUCAAAAGUUUAAAAUCACUUCAAGCUGAUAUGGCAACUAACGCAUCAAUUGAAGCAACUUUCUAAUGGGAACUAACUUUCUAUGAAUCUCUUUCCCUGUAUUUAGCAAAUAUAAUUUUGCAGAGGGUAGAAAUCUAGAUCACUCUAUACUGUAUCUCCACCUUGGCUCCCUGUCAGUAAUUGUUAUAAGCAGUCAGCAUAGCGAAAGCGUUUUGUGAACUGUAAUGUCUUGCUAAAUAUUUACUGUAUAGAUACAGUCACAGGUGAUUUUUCAUGUCAUAUUUGAAAUCCAGGGAAGUAACAAAUUUGAACCAUUUCUCAGUAAUCCAUUUAUUGGACAUUGGCUUGUGUUUGUUAAAUUGAUUAUUAAUAUACUGGUAGGAGUUUGAUACGAAAUGGGAAAAUGGCUUCCAUUUUGAAGAUUGGUAUGUAUUAUUACAUUUAUGUCCCUCGUCCAAACUUUCAUGUUUCAGUAGAAAGCAUGCAAACCUAGUCUAGCUUGGAGACAAUAGGUUGUGACCUCUAAACGUAUCACAGAUGACAGUCAAUGUCUGCUAUGGACUGCCUUUUCUGGUCAGCUGGGUGCAUAUGCUGAUUUUUUUUUUUUUUUUUUUGUGUGUUUAUAUGCAGGUUUCAGGCCCGAUCGACUGAUUUUUAUUUUUAUUUUAUUUUUUGCACCACCUCCCUAAGACCUUUUGAGCUUUCCUGCGGUUCAUAUACUGCUCUGCUCUCUAAUUGGGUAGUUCAUUAAACUUCUUAUUCUGUGUCAACUGCUCAUGGGCCACAUUGCCAUAGACUGGGCACUCCUGGCUUUCAGUUUAGUUUCAUUUAAUUGAUUUAAAACUCUGUAGUCUUCUGGCCUGAGUAGGGCAACACAACAUAUAUGUAAUUGUAUUAUGUCAUGAUCAGCUCUAGUGAAAUAGAUUUCUCCUCUGUAAAGGGUGUUUUAUAAAAGAUUAGCAUCCAUAGUAAUAGUUAUGUGCCUGGAUACUAAAAUGUGUACUGUUGUGCUAAAUACUGUAAAUAUUACUGUAGGUUUUCCAAAUUAAACAGCACUGUUAAUUCAAUGUUACUCGUAUAGUCAUUCCACUAAACUGAUUGGAUAUACAGCUACUAAAUAUUGCCCUGUGGUAAAGUGUAUAUUUUAGAUUUAUUUUUUUUCCUUCUAAAUUGCUGUGCUGUAUUUCUCUUGCUUACAUUUUCCCCUUCAUCUUACAGGUUGACUGCACAGCAAACUCUGCCAUCUGCAACAAAUAUGGAGUCAGUGGCUACCCAACACUGAAAAUUUUCAGAGAUGGUGAAGAGUCUGGAUCAUAUGAUGGGCCAAGGACUGCAGGUAAAUUAAAUGGAUUUUUGUGUUAGAUCUCCACUCUUCUCAGGAAAUUUUAAAUGACAGUGGAUGCACUAGUGUUCAUGCUUGGAGUGAAUACCUGAUACUUGGCUAGUUAAAUGGCUGGGUGUAAAACCUCUCCAUGCCUCUCAACUAAUCAGGCUGUUAGUACUGCUUAAUUGGCUGGCGUUCCUUAGCUUGCAUUUAAGGCUACUGUGAACAUUAAGUUUCCAACAAGGCAAAGGAAAGGUUUUUUUUUUACUGUAAGAACAAUCAGGAUGUGGAAUUCUCUGCCUGAGGAAGUGGUUUUAUCAGAGUCCAUACAGAUGUUCAAACGGCUACUAGAUGCAUACUUGCAAGAACAGAAUAUUCAAGGAUAUAAUCUUUCAAUGUAGGCUAAUAACUGCUUGAUCCAAGGAUAAAUCUGACUGCCAUUCUGGGGUCAAGAAGGAAUUUUUUUCCUAGUUUGUUGCAAAAUUGUGCUUCAAACUGGGUUUUUUUGCCUUCUUUUGGAUCAACAGCAAAAAACAAAUGUGAGGUAGGCUGAACUUGAUGGACGCAAGUCUCUUUUCAACUAUGUAACUUGUGGCUGACUAAACUGGGGCAAGCCCCAUGAUUUGUGUGGGUUUGCACUGGGUCCACCAGCUCAGUAUGCUUUGCUAUCUUUGUCCAGACUGUUUUCUGGCCUCCCUUUUGAACUACAACCUCCUAACCUUAUUCUUCCACUCCUCCCUUUCUCCUGCCUGUGAAAAGAAUCUUUAAACAUCUGAUAUUUACACAGAGCAACUCACUCCUACCUCUCCCGUUUAACAUGCCUGUUCAAGUCUCACCUCAGCACAACAGAAGCCUGACAUUUGUGCUAGAGUAGAUUGUCCCCACCACGCAAACCAGCUAUCUUCAAAAGUGCUACUGCAUUGAGCAUCUUUAAUGGUGCAUUCAUACUAGGGAUCGAUCGAUUCAUUAAAAAAAAAAAUAUAUAUAUUUUAUUAAGGUAAAUGCACAAAAUAUACAUGCCAGUCAGAUUUUUUUUUUUUUUUAAAUAUUCUUUAGUCCCCCCUCCCUGCUUCUUACUUGGCAUGGGAGGGGGAUAUAGCAUUCCCUGGUGGUCCGGUGGCAUGGACUGUGCAGAGGGAGCCCAGCACACUUUUACUUGCCUUCCUAGCAGCUAACCUGUCUAACUCUUGUAGCCUGUGUGCCGCGCGGAGCUUUGCCAUGGUAACCCGUGGCAACGCUCUUGCGGCCGCUGGACUCGUGAGAGUUAGACAGGGGAGCUGCUGGGAAGGUAAGUAAGAGUGUGCUGGGCCCCCCAGGAUCCUGAUGGCGGCCCUGGUCUGCAUUAUUGGCAUCUUUAUUGCCCGAUACGAUAUUGCUGAAAAUACAGAAUGUCAGCCGAUAAUAUCAGCCAGACUGAUAAUCUGUCGAUCGCGAAUUCAUACUUCUGUCAUACACAUGCCUACUACACAGGGACCGCUGGCCCCACUUUAGAUCCUCAGUCAUAUUAAGCUGCUUUCAUUCAGUAUAACAAUGAUGUCUCUACUCCUUCUGUUUCUUCCAACACUUCAAACUUUUUACACUUCCCUCUCUGCGCUCCUAACACAUAAUUUAGUGACUCUUAACCAUAACAAAUAAAGCCUGUUUAUUAUUUUAUCAUUUCUAGCACAUAUUCGCACUGGCCUGCAUUGUGUCAGGUGCAUGUGCUACUUCCUAUAUUCUUUGAGCUUAAUAAGUCAGGUGUCCGUUUUGUUGAAAACUUGUUCAUUCUUUGGCUGAGAGUCAGAGCUCUCCCAAGACAAUGAAUGAGAUAAAUGCCUACAUUUGCAUCUGAUUUCUGUGCGAAUGUUCAAUAGGACCAAAGUAAAUGUCAAAUCAUGCUAAAACAAAUUAACUUUAAGUACUGUAAAGGCAAGUCUACUAUAUAACCUUUUACAAUCUUAGUAGGUUUUUAUAUUUAUAUAAUCUAUCUCUAUAUCAAUCGUAUUUCCCCUUUCUUAUCUUUAUAGAUGGUAUUGUCAGCACUAUGAAGAAACAAGCUGGCCCAGCCUCUGUGGAUCUUCGAUCUGUAGAAGAGUUUGAGAAAUUCAUUGCAGACAAAGAUGCUGCUGUUGUUGGUAAGUGGAAAUCACUUUUUAAUAAAAUUAAAAUUCAAAGCACAAAACAAUGUAUGCUUCCCUUCUCUCCAUUUCUUUCAGUCUUAAUGGGUGACUCUACUUAACGGAAUUGUGAGAUUGCUUCAAAUGUGAACCCACACACUGCCUCCGUAGUUGCAGGGCAAGUUGCAUGCUCUUGCCCCGCAAAAGGCACUUGAUAGGCGUGUUUGUAGGACAGUCAUACUAUAAUGCAAUUUCCACAGCUCAAAGCACAAAUGGAAACGUUGAUGAGCAACUUGCAGCCAACCUAGAGGUGUUUGUUUCUCCUUUUUUUUUUUUUUUUUUUUUUUUUUUAAUACUUGCUAUUGCAUGAUUAAGGGAGCUAGAACCAUUUAGCAUUACUACUGCAACUUGGGUAUUCCAGGAGAAAAUGACACCUCCCAUUUUCUCAAGCAAGUGCUAUUGGCUAUAAUUCAGACAGGAUGAGUAUUGACCACGCAGGAUUUUAAUUGCAGGUGCAAUAGUUAUUUUCUGAUAAAUACUUCCUUAUAGCCAUACCAAUGGAUGCUGUAAUGGCUGAUUAAUUUCUGCCGGACUCUCCGUCGCAGGGCCACCCAUUGCUGCUCAAGCAAAUGGUUUCAUUAAUCAAAGCUGCACAGAAGGGGAAGGCUGAAAAUAGUGCCUGUGCUAUUUCUCAUAGUUUCUCUUUUCAUACACCUCCCUUUUUUCUUUUCUUUUUUUUUUUUUCUCAAGCCCUGUCGCAACAUACAUAUUUUCUUCCUUUUUUAAUACAAUGCAUCAAAUCUAUAGUAAGUUUUGGAAGUGUGAGGAAGUCUGAUAGUGGAAUCAGACUCGGCUACCAUUCAGAAAGAGACCAACACUAAAGGUGGGAUUAGCUCUGUUUUAAGAAAACAACAAAGCAAAAAAAAAACCCUGCUGUGCUAUAGAGCUAUGACCUGGCAAGGCAACCAGACCACGUCACUGAGCUAGUGUUCUUGUUACAUAGUUGUUGAGGUUGAAAAAGACCAAAGUCCAUAAAGUAUGCUGUUGGUCAAAAAAAGGCAAAACCCAAUUGUAGUGAUUUUAGUUAUGCCACAUAAAAAUGGAUCAACAACUGUUUACGUGCAUAUCAAUUUUAUCCUUGAACAUUAUGUUGAGGCAUUUUUAAUAAAAGGUGGGCAUAGAGGUUGUCUUGGCAGAUUCUUCAACAUCUUUAUUCUUGCUGUAAAAAUGUUUUUCCUCUGCUAUUAGCAAAAACCGAUUUCUUUCAGUCUUAAUGGGUGACAUCUUCUCUGUUAUGUAUUCCUGCUAAUGAACAGGUUAGCACAUAGAAGUUUGUACUGUGUGUAUUGCUAUCCCAUCCUCUCUGAGGUGCCUUUUUUCUGAAGAAAACAAAUUCAGUUUUUCUACCUUUUCCUUAUUGUUUAAAAGCCCAUUCCUUUGCCUCUGCCAGUCUUUGAAAGAAAGUAUACAGAAAAAAGGAGAAAUUAAAUGUUUGUUUCGCCUUUUUAUUUUUGUGUUCACAUUACCAGUUUAGACAAUGCAAACUGCUGUAUCAUUACUAAAAAGUUGACAGAAAAACAAAAAAUUAUUUAUUUAUAAAAUAUUUUACCAGGAAAGAUACAUUGAGAUUUCUCUCGUUUUCAAGUAUGUCCUGGGUCCACAAAUCAUUGCAUUGUUACAUUAGGUACAACAAAAUAAAAAACAAUAUUAAUACACAAUAUAUACAAAAUUUAACAUAGAACAGGCAGGAAAUAUAUAAUCAACCAUGACACGUGCAUUCUGUUUUGAGGUAUGUAGAGAGGGAUCUCUUAAAUGACUUUAGGCUUAGGGAAGAUUUUAAAUUGUGCGGGAGGUCGUUCCACAAUUGCGGUGCUCUGUAGGAGAAGGAGGAUCGGGCCGCUUUCUUUUUGUAUUGAGGUAGACUAAGUAAAGUGCUUGUACUGGAUCAGAGCUUAUAGAAAGUGGGAACAGCUGGGGAAAGCAUUUUGUUCAGGUAGGGUGGGAGUUUCCCAGAAAAGCUCUUAAAAACAAGGCUGGAAAGAUGAAGGGUGCGUCUGGAUUCCAGCGACAGCCAGUUUAGUUCCUUUAGCAUGUCACAAUGAUGGGUCCUGUAAUUACAUUGUAGCACAAAUCGGCAGAACGAGUUAUACAAUGUGUUGAGUUUAUUAAUGUGGGAUUGCGAUGCAGACGCAUAUACUACAUCCCCAUAAUCAAUGAUUGGCAUCAGCAUUUGCUGUAAAAUCUUUUCCUUUACUUGUAGGGCUUAGGCAGGCUUUGUUUCUGUACAGGGCACCUAAUUUUGGAUAAAGUUUAGAUGCAAGCUUUUCUAUGUGCAGGCCAAAAGAUAGAUUGGGGUCUAAUAUCAUACCCAAGUAUUUGAAAGAGUGGACUGCGGUCAGUGUACCAUUUGAAUUUGUUUUGAUGGAUAGGUGGGGAUUGUGUAAUUUGUGUAAUUUAGGUACUGUUCCAAAGAUCAUUGUGACAGUUUUGUCAGUGUUCAGGAAGAGUUUGUUUUUUGCGAUCCACUUUUCUACCUCUGUAAACUGGUCUUGGAGCAAAGCCUCAAGUUGCGGUAGAUUGGAUUUGCUCGCAUAGAUUACCGUGUCAUCUGCGUACAUGUGUACAUUUGAGGAUUGGCAGACAUUAGGCAGAUCAUUUAUAAAUAAUGUAAAUAGUAGGGGGCCGAGAAUGGAACCCUGGGGAACACCACACGUGACUGGGAGAGGGAGGGAGUCACUGUCUGAAAUGGACACACAUUGCGAGCGAUCCGAUACAUAUGAUCGAAACCAGUUUAAAGAAUGAUCACAAAUACCUGAGUUUUCGUGUUUGUGCAGUAGAAUGUCGUGGUCUACUGUGUCAAAGGCCUUAGCAAAAUUAAGGAAAGGCUCCAGUUAGGGCUCCUUGUUCCAUGCCAGUUUGGAUGUCAUUGCAAACUUUUAGGAGGGCAGUUGUAGUGGAGUGAUUCUGGCGAAAGCCCGAUUGAUCAGGGGUCAGAUAGUUUAAUUGUUAGUAGAACUCACAAAGUUGCGUAUGGACACAUUUUUCUAAGAUUUUUGACAAUACUGGGAGCAAUGAUAUUGGGCGAUAGUUAGAAACCAAAGUAGUGUCGCCACUUUUAUGGAUAGGCACUACUCUCGCAGUCUUCCAAAGUUUGGGUAUGUAUCCAGACACCAAGGAUUGGUUAAUUAGAGUUGAGACGGGUUUAGCAAUUGCCGGCGCACUGAGCUUCAACAGCAUUGCUGGGAUUUGAUCAGGUCCGGACUGGUUUUUCAUUUUUAGAUUAUUAAGAUGUUUUUUAAUGACACGAACAGGUACAGGUCUAAAAAUAAACUUAUCUAUAUUGGGCCUUUGCAAAUUUAGUGGGGCCUGAUCCACAUUUGUAGUUUCAGGAUGUGUGUCAUUUAUUAGCUUGGCAAUCAGGGCAGUAGAGCAUCCGACAAAAUAAUUGUUAAAGGCAUUUGCUACAUCUAAGGGAAGUUGCAGGGUUUGGUUACCCACUUUGACAGUGGAGGAUUGGUGGAGUUUGUAGUUUAUUUAUGACUUUCCAAAAGUUUCUAGGGUUUGAGAUGUUACUGUUCAGAUUUUCAUAGAAAUAUUGGACCUUGGCCAGUUUUGUCUGUUUUGUGCAUAUAUUUCACCAUUGUCUAUAUGCACCGUGAUCAUUCAUAGAGCCAGUACGCUUAAACUUUGACCACAAAGAAUCCCGAAACUGGUACAUUUGGAUGAGGUCAGCUGUGAUCCAGUUCAUAUGCGCUCCUUUUACCCUCACCUUACGCAGCGGGGCAUGCAAAUUCCAAAUCUGUAGGAGUUCAGACUGAAAGUAUUCAACAGCACAGUCUAGAUCUGGGAUAAUGUUUAAUCUGUGCCAUGAGAGAUUCUUGAUGUCAUUUAAAAAGGAUUCAAGAUUAAAUUUUUUGAAGGACCUAGUUAUUUUAACCUUGGGAGAGGAUUUAAUAGCCUUUAUUUUGCGCACGCAGUACACUAAACAGUGAUCACUGAACGUGUUUGGGAGAACACCAACCUCCUGGAUUCUAUCAGGAGAAGUGGAGAGAAUCCAAUCUAGCAGGGUAUGGUUAUGGCUUUUAAUGUUUAUGCGAGUUGGGGAGGAGAUUAAUUGCGUUAGCUGCAAAGUCUUAAACAGCCUGCAAGAACUAUUAUUUUUAUGGUUCAGCCAAUCAAUAUUAAAAUCUCCAAAGACCAACAGUUCACUUUUUGGGUUUUGAGCUAUGGUUUCACUAAGGAGAUGGGCUAUGUCAGAAAGGGAAUGCACAGGGGAGCUAGGUGGGCGGUAGAUUCCUGCAACAAUGAUUGAUUUACUGCACGGGAUCUCAAUUGUGCCAGAAAGGAAAUCAAAGAUGGCAGGAGGACUAAGGUUUUGUAAAGGGGUAAACUUUAUGGAAUUGUCAACAUAAAUAACAAUGCCUCCUCCUCUCUUUGCUCUGUCAUUUCUAAAACAUGAAUAACCCUGUAUUGCAAUGGCGGUGUCUGGUAUUUUAGCCGUUAACCAUGAUUCUGAGAGCACAAUGAUUUUUGGUUUGUAAUGGGAACACCAGGCUUGCAGUGCAUCCAGUUUAGGGAGUAAACUACGGAUGUUGCAGUGCACAAAAGAGGCCUUUUUUUUUUUUUAGUGGGGAGAUGAGGACUAGAAUUAGCUGGGGGACCAGGGUUAGACUCCACAUCAUUUGCAAGGGCAAGUAACAUAAGGAGUAGGAAUUUGGACAUCAUCUUUGUUUGGCCAUAUAGUGAAUGGGAUACUUUAUAAUUUUGUGAGUUUGUGGUAGGAGGGCUAUUUUUUUAUAACUCUGCACCAGCACUCAGCAGAUAAGUUAAAGGAACAGAGCAGGCCAUGGUGUAUGAUAAUUUGUGUUCCAGUUUGAGGUGUGUGCUUAUGCUGGUAGUGGUGUGAACAAAAUUGGAUUGAGAAAAGGGUUAUUAAGAAUAACAGUAUGGUUAUAUUGGGAUUCAUGUUAGUGGUAUGAGGUGUGUAGUUGAAAAUGAAACAGAAAUUGUGAGAAUUUUUUUUUUUUUUUUUAAAUAGAAGUAUAUGGUUUUGGUGUGUGAUAUAUCUAUUUGUAGUGAGAGAGGGUAUGUGUUCUAUAGGGUUAAGAGAUUGAAAGGGUGUGCUGAUCAGUGGUUGCACCUGUCAUUUCAGUAGAUUGAAAGUUGUGUGGGAGACUAUCUAUAAAUGAGAAAAUGACCAUGGGGUGGGAGGGAAAAGUCAGUCUUCCAGAAGGCUACCUGUUUCAAAUGGCCAUGGAACAGCUGAUGGAGUAAUUCCAGUUAUAAGCAAUAUUUUGAGGCAAAGUCCAGAGAUGUGUCAGUGCCCCUUAAUCUAAAUGUGAAAACCAUACUUUGGCUUGGUAUUCUGUAAUUGUACACUAAUGCAGGAGCCAGUUUACAUUAAGAGAUUUUGAUUUUAUUCCAUUUUAGGUUUUUUCCGGGAUCUGUAUGGAACAACUCAUUCUGAAUUCCUAAAAGCAGCCAACAGCCUCAGGGAGAACUUCCGCUUUGCUCACACAGAUGAGGAUGAGCUUGUGAAUAAAUAUGAUUCAAAUGGAGAGUACGUUAAUUUUUUUUUAAAUUUUUUUUUUUGGUUUGUUUGUGUGUUUUUUUGUUUUUGUUUUUUUUAUGUGCUUGAAACGCAUUGUAAAGCUAAUUGAAUGGCAAAUAACUUUUCAUAUCUCCCAGUCAUGCCUAUUUUUCUUUGCAAUACUUGAAUCUCAUACUGUUUUUUUGUGUAACCCAUAUAGCUCUACUGCUAGAAUGAGAUUAAAUGCUUGGUAACGAUUAGUCACUUGGCUGUUGAUGUGAAUGUAGAAGAUGCUUAUAAUUUGUCUAAGUUGCUUAGCCAAACUGUAUCAUUUUCUUUCAGCUUAUCCCUAGAAGUACAGCCGCUUGUGUUUGUAUUCUGAAGCACUGGGAAAAAUAUGCAUGAAACAGAAGUCAUUGCUUUACAACUAAAAGUUUGAUUAUUUUUGGUAGUAGUGUUGUCCUAAAGCAAAUUUUAGGAGGGCAAUAGAAUUAUCCAUGGAAGAGUGCUUUGAUUACAUCCUUUAAAAACAUCAUUAAUGAUUUUUAAAUAAGCAUGUCCCAUGUUUCUAUCAGAUAUGCCGGUCUGCUUCUUGGUCCCUCCAAUGCUACGUGUGCUGGAAAUGUCCAUUUUUAAUACUUUUGUGACAGAUUAAAUGCUGUUACUAUCAUGUUACUGUAUUUGCAAAAAGUAGGUCAACUCCUUCAGGACAAGACAUUUGGCAAACUCAGUGGCUUGUGUAAACACUGUCUGUGCACAAUUUACUUCAACACAAGCAGAACAGUUGUAUAACUCUGAAAAUGGCUUAUUUCAUUACUAGAAUUUUGCAUAGCAGAAAGUGUUUUAGAGGAAACCUAUUCAAUAGAUAACAAUGCAUGCUUUGCAAACCUUUCCACCUAGGAGCUAAUGUAAGAAAUUGAGACAAUCUAGAGAGCACUGUCAUUAAUUCAGUGAAGACACUGUAAAUAUCAAGACUGCUUUGUACAACCUCUACCAUCAGCCUGAGAAUGGAUAGGAUAUCUCUUGUCACAAUUUAAAGGAAAACGGAAAUAUUUUAAAACUGGACCUGUAUUUGAAAGUGUUUUCUCAUCUCCAGGGGUAUUGUCAUAUUCCGCCCUCCUCGGCUAGCAAAUAAAUUUGAAGAUGCCACAGUCUCAUUCCCUGCCCAUGAGAAAAUCACAAGCACCAAGAUUAAAACUUUCAUCCAGGAAAACAUGUAAGUGACACUUGGCAUAAUCUGUUUAACCCAUGCCUCAUUACAAAUUGUCUGAUCUGGUCAUUUUGUACCAUCAACCCGAAUUUGCAGCCUGGAUCUGAAGGUGGGAGAGUGGUCAUAAGUCGGAUAUGGCUGUUUUUAUAUUACUCACUGGGCAAAAUACCUUGUGAAAUUGUAUUGAAUGCUUCUCUUUAAUUUCAGAUUUGGCAUCUGCCCUCACAUGACUGAAGACAAUAGAGAACAGAUCCAAGGAAAGGACUUGCUUGUGGCCUAUUUUGAUGUUGAUUAUGAUAAGAAUGCAAAGGGAUCAAACUACUGGAGAAACAGGUAAGUAAGUCUGUAUAGAGAAUUGUAAUCUGAAUUGCUAAUUUCAAAACAGUUUGUAAGCUUCCCAAAACCAUUUUACAUUCAAGAUAUCAAUUCCUAGAAAACCGCUUGAUUUGAUUGACUUAAACAAUCUCUUCUUAUUCCAGAGUAAUGAUGGUAGCAAAGAAGUUUGUAGAUGCUGGCAAGACCCUGAAAUAUGCCAUUGCUGAUCGUAAAGCCUUUGGACAUGAUGUGACCGAGCUUGGUCUGGAUGCCAAUGCUGGAGAUCUCCCCCUUGUUGGAAUUAAAACUGCCCAAGGAGAGAAAUAUGUUAUGCAGGAGGAAUUCUCGUAAGUCUUACAUGUAGCUUUGCAUAUUCUUGAAUACAACUUUCUACUGAGAGGUUUUUGUUUCAUAUAUUGACCACAUUUUCAUAGUGAAACUUCUUGAUUACUUCCUUAACAUAAAUGACAGCAUUCUUGUUUAUGGAAAGCUUUCUAAGCUCUCAAAUCACUGUAAAAUAUGGAGGAUGUUCAAUUGCAGCCCACUGGCCAUAAGUUUAUAUGGUGACUACUUAUCUGGGUAAAACAAUGGAAAUCAUAUAGCUUGUGUUGUACAUUUGAAUGAAGGUUAAUUGGCAGUAUUCUAAAUACACUUUUUACUCUCCUGGUAUCACUAGCCGUGAUGGAAAGGCCUUGGAGAGAUUCCUUCAAGAUUACUUUGAUGGUAAGCUGAAGAGAUACUUGAAAUCAGAAUCAAUUCCUGAAAACAAUGAUGGUCCGGUCAAGGUAAGUCUUCAGAACAUCAGAUUGGUUCUUGUCUCCUUUGUAACCUCUCUCUCUCAUAUAACUUUUUUUUAAUGAGAAUUAAUUUUGUAUUAGGUGGUGGUAGCUGAAAACUUCGAUGAAUUGGUUAAUGAUGAAAGCAAAGAUGUCCUUAUUGAGUUCUAUGCUCCUUGGUGUGGACACUGUAAGAACUUGGAGCCCAAGUACAAAGAGCUUGGAGAGAAGGUAUGUACAUGUUUAUGUACCUCAGCUGUAACUGGCUUUAAAUCUGCAGUUUCUGCUGGGGAAAGCCAGCCAUUCUCAACCCAGGAUUUGUUUAUGGUACUCUGUCACUCUAUUUGCAAUGUUUUUGACUCCCAAUGAGCCUUCUUUCUCAAUAGUGUUUCCUCUCUCCCUUUUUAAUUUUUUUUUUUUUUUUUUUUAAACCUGAAACUUGAUCAUCCUUAGCCAUGCAGCCCAGGGUUAUCUUCCUCACACAUGCCGCAAGCCCUCUCCAGUUGCAUUUAUUUGUAAUGUGUUGAUGCUUAUACUAAAAAAUCUACUUGCUACCUCCCUUCAUUCACCUUGAAAAGUAGAAAACACAAGUAUAGGAUCCUGUCAAAAUGUACGAUUUCCUGCUAAAUGUUUAAACACAGGAAGAAAAACACUAAAGCAAAAAAGGCUAAUCAAAACGUCUGUUUACAGCUUGCCUUAGAUCCAAACAUUAUUAUUGCCAAGAUGGAUGCCACUGCCAACGAUGUGCCUUCUCCCUAUGAAGUCAGAGGGUAAGUUGCAUGAAUUGCACAGCCUGUGUAACCAUGGGCAGCCAAGUUGAAGUUUUAGAGCACUAGCUGAAACUACAAGUGAUUGUUUGUAAUAGACCCGUGAUCCUCCAUGGUGUCUCAGGAUUCAGUGUUCUCUCUACCACUUCGAAAUAAGAGGUAGAAUUGGCAAUACCUGGUAUUUUGCUGUAUUCAUAGAAAUGGUAUACUUAUUCUAAUAACUGGUGCAACAUGGUUAUAGCAAAACAAUAAGAGGAGCCUGGGUUGGAUUAAUGUCCUUAGAUGCUAAUCAUAGGAUACAUGAAGAUGUUCAUCCUUGGGCAAACCCCCCUUUCCCACCCCCCCCCCACCCCCCUAUUCUGCAAUACUCAGCUGAACUAUUUAGAAUCCCUCGAACUUGCUGGUAGGGUAUUUCAUAUUUUCUUUUUCUCUACAGAUUUCCUACUAUUUACUUUGCACCAGCUGGAAGUAAACAAAAUCCAAAAAGAUAUGAGGUGAGUUGUUCGUGUAUUAAAAUGGUAAAAUUAGAUCACGAUAUUUUGUGGCUUUUAUUUUAUAGGACUUGGAAGGAAUGGUGCUUGUUCUGCAUUAAUACGGUGUAUAUCUCUGAAAAGGCUGACUUGAUUGUUAGAAUUAACCUAGGAUUGGCUUUAUUAGAAUUGUGUGUGGUUGUUUUAAAAAAAAAAAAAAGAAAAAUCUAAACCGUGUCCAUUCAUUUAAAUGUAUAGCAUUGGAGCAGAAAGUAGGCCAUUGUGAGCUUGACUCAACUUUGAAAUUCCUUUGCAGGGGGGCCGAGAGGUCAGUGAUUUCCUCAGCUAUCUGAAGAAGGAGGCAACAAAUCCUCCAAUCGUUCAAGAAGAUGAAAAGCCCAAGAAGAAAAAGAAACAAGAGUUGUAA